ACAAUAAUCUCUACUGCAUCUUUCUCACUCUGAGAAAGACUCUCUUUCUGUAUAAAACCCUAGCAUAUCGAAAAUCUCCAAUUUCAAUCCUCUCUACAGCUCAGUUUUUUUUUUCUUUUUAAAUCUAAAUUUGUGGGGUUUUCUUUGGUGUGGAGCUGGUUUGAUGCGGCUUGUUUUUGAGAUUUUUGAUCGAGUCUUGGAGAAAAAAGAAUGCCAGCCGCAGCAAUCUUAUCGCUUCCAGCACCUCCUGUUGAUGGAGAUGGGUCUCCUCCUCCACCAUCCCAAGUGAUAGAACAGCAGCCAAGGGAAGGUAGACCGGAAAAUGAGGAGCAGAACAGAGCACCAGUUGCGACCCAUACGAGAACCAUUGGAAUUAUCCAUCCUCCACCGGAUAUUAGGAGUAUUGUUGAUAAAACCUCGCAGUUUGUGGCAAAAAAUGGACUUGAGUUUGAGAAGAGGAUUAUUGCAAACAAUGCUAAUAAUGCCAAGUUCAAUUUUUUGAAUCCAUCGGAUCCAUAUCAUGCUUAUUAUCAGCAUCGUUUGACAGAAUUUCGUGCACAGAAUCAAGCUCCUGGACAGCAGCCUACUUCACAGCCUGCGGAUUCAGCUGCCCCUGAUUCAGCUCCAAAACCUGAUUUAGCUGCUGAUUCAAAUGAAGCAGCUACCAAACCGGAUCCUGCAGCCCAGUUUAGACUACCUCCUCCUAAGGUUCUUGAACCCCCAGAAGCAGAGCAGUAUACUGUUCGGCUUCCAGAAGGAAUUACUGGAGAGGAACUUGAUAUUAUUAAGCUCACGGCUCAGUUUGUAGCUCGAAAUGGGCAAACAUUCUUGACUGGAUUGACGAACAGGGAGAUGAACAAUCCUCAGUUCCACUUUUUGAAGCCAACCCACAGCAUGUUCACCUUUUUUACUGGACUUGCUGAUGCAUAUUCUAAAGUUUUGAUGCCUCCCAGGGGUUUGACUGAGAAGCUGACAAAGAGUGUUGAUGACAUGACCACUGUGCUUGAAAGGUGCUUGCAUCGCCUUGAAUGGGAACGCUCACAGGAGCAGGCAAGACAGAAAGCUGAGGAUGAGAUUGAACAGGAGCGGAUGCAAAUGGCAAUGAUUGAUUGGCAUGAUUUUGUUGUGGUUGAGACAGACUUUGCAGACGAUGAAGAUGAGGACUUGCCCCCUCCAAUGACACUUGAGGAGGUUAUAAGGAGGAGCAAGAUAUCUGCUAUGGAUGAAGAUGAAAUCAUUGAGCCUGGAAAGGAGAUGGAAAUGGAAAUGGACGAGGAAGAGAUGCAGCUAGUCGAGGAAGGCAUGAGGAUUGCAAGUAUCGAAGAGAAUGAUGGUGAGAAAGACACAAGGACAAAUGAGGAAGCAGAACCACCUAUGAGGAUUGUGAAAAAUUGGAAGAGACCUGAGGAGAGAAUCCCUGCUGAAAGAGACCCAACAAAGUUUGUUGUUUCCCCUAUCACUGGUGAGCUAAUUCCCAUUAGUGAGAUGUCCGAGCAUAUGAGAAUUUCCCUCAUUGAUCCUAAGUACAAGGAGCAAAAGGAAAGGAUGUUUGCCAAGAUUCGGGAAACUACUCUUGCUCAGGAUGAUGAGAUCUCCCGAAACAUAGUGGGACUUGCACGAUUACGUCCUGAUAUCUUUGGCACAACGGAGGAAGAAGUUUCUAAUGCUGUGAAGGCUGAAAUUGAGAAGAAGAAAGAUGAGCAGCCGAAGCAGGUUAUAUGGGAUGGUCACUCGGGAAGCAUUGGGCGCACUGCAAACCAAGCUAUGUCUCAGAAUGCUGGUGAGGAUCAAAAUGAAGCUGUUAAUAAUGAUGCAAGGAACCUUCCAGGCCCAGCAGCUCCCCCUCCCCGACCUGGUGUGCUGCCAGUCCGUCCCCUCCCUACACCACCAGGACUGCAGUUGAAUCUUCUUCGUGUACCUCCAAAUACAGUUCAAUAUUCUGGUUCAGCUGGUGGGGCAUAUCCUGUACCUCCACAAAGGCCGGCUGGUAUUCCAAUGAUGCAGCCAAAUUACCCCCCUCCUCCUCCAAUGCAAAUGGCAUCUGGACAGCAACCCAUUAUGGUAAAUCGACCACCCGCUAUGCCUCCAUCUAUGUCUGGGAAUCCAAGCAUGCAUGUGCCGCCACCACCUGGAUCUCAAUAUAAUUCUAUGGCAGUUCAUCGACCUUUUGUCCCUCUUCCUGUACCCCAACCCGGAUUGCCUAUGAUGCCUCCACCACCUCCUUUGCCUCAAGGAAUGCCUCCACCACCUCCACCUGAGGAUGCUCCUCCUCCACUUCCAGAUGAGCCAGAGCCCAAGAGGCAGAGGCUUGAUGAUUCUGCGCUUGUUCCAGAAGAUCAGUUUCUGGCUCAACAUCUGGGAACUGUGCGCAUCACUGUUGCCGUUCCCAAUCUUGAUGAAGGAAAUCUCAAAGGGCAAGUUCUGGAGAUUAUGAUGCAGUCCUUGUCCGAAACUGUUGGCAGCCUGAAGGAAAAAAUUGCUGGAGAGAUCCAACUUCCUGCCAACAAACAGAAAUUGAGUGGAAAAGCUGGUUUUCUCAAAGAUAAUAUGUCACUUGCAUAUUACAAUGUUGGACCAGGAGAGUCUCUGUCUCUCUCGUUGAGAGAGCGUGGUGGUAGAAAGAGAUGAAGAGGCUAUUCGAAGUGGCCCAUUCAAGGUUUUUGAUAGAACUUUCUCAUCACCAGAGAUUUUCACAUAUUCCUAUGGGACUUUGUUAUUUUGCUUCCUUUGAUGCUAUGCUGGAAAUUAUAAUGGCAAUGUAUUGUUAGUAUGAUUAUAUGAAUCAUUGUUGCUAUGUUGAAUUUUCAUAUUUGAACUGAUAGCAAGUGGUAUCUAAUACAGAUAUGGCGUCAUGGCAAGUGUUUCUUUAAGGGCAGUGGAAAGUAGACCAGUUUCUUUUGCCUAGGAACGGCAAGCCAUCUGCAUACAUCACUAACUACUGCUUCCUUCUGCUUUGCAGUUGUUUCUCUGGAAAAUAAGUGCUUCAUGGUCUUAUUUUGUUUUUUUUUUUUUUUUUUUGAGUUCUUGUUAUCAAUAAAUUGAUGAUAUUUUAUGGACUCAAUUUUUCUUCUCUUUUUUAGUUUUGUCGCUGCAAGUUCUUUUCUUGGUAAAUGCAGUGACGUGGAUGGUCAUUUACUAGAACUAGGCUUUGUUUUGUAGGUAAGUGAUUAUGCCUGGGCUGUAGGGAUGAGUGGGUGCAUGCAGAUUAUACUAAGCACCCAACUUUCUUUCUCUUGUGGAGGGAGUAUGCUUCAAUAGUUUGUUUCUAUUUUCCUGUCAUGCUUUCCUUUAACUAGCCAAAUAGCUAGCAGUGAGUUGGUGUUUUCUGAUACUUUUCUUCUAUGGCAACAGAAAAGCAACUAACUUGUAAUGGAUGGAAUGAUCUCUGCAACCCAGUGCAUUUUAGCUGAGGCAGUGUUUACUACGGUUCAUUGCUAUUACAAGGAGGCUGCCGAUUGGCUUAAAUAUUGAUUUUUUUUCUUCUGGGAUGUGGCUUAAAAAUCUUUGUUUUUAGCUGGAUAUGGUAGAUCACAACAUUAGGUAGUUUAUGGAUCUAUACAAUUGUCUGAUCUUUCUGUUCUAUAAUCCUUUAGUAUUUUCUCUAAUAUGUUGCUCCUUUGUGAGUCGAGAAAUUGGAAUUAGAAACUGAUUUCAAUGGUAGCCACCAA